AUGCCAAUUGAAAUACGCAACAAUAUGGGAGUAAGGGUGUAUGUUGAGCUUAAGAGAGAAAACAGGGGAUUUGAAGCAUAUCCGUUGUGCGUUAGCAUAACUGAUAAUGAUCUUGAGAAUUUUGUGUCCGGCGAAUCUGCAGUUGGAGAUGAUAUGUUUCAACUUGAAUUUAAUGAUUAUAUGUAUGCUAUGGACGUAGUUGAUUCAAAUGAUUUGGAUGCGUCGGAUUGUGCUAAGGCUGUUGUUUUAUUUCAAAACAACGAUGACUUGAUAAUUUCAAGCAAGGAACAUAAGGAUGUUUUUGUUGAUCAAAUCUACAAAGAUAAGGACACUCUGAAGAAUGUUAUGGCGAAUUAUGCAAUUCGAAAAAGAUUCAAUUUCAGGAUUUACACUCUGGUAUGCUGUUCAACUGAUUGUCAUUGGAAAUUCAGAGCUUCAAGUAUUGCGAACUCUGAAAUGUUCAGAGUGAGAUCUUUUUAUGACGAACAUACGUGUCCAUUGAAGGACAAAGUGUAUUCCCAAAGGCAAGCAACAAGUUGGUUGAUUGGUGCGUCAGUUGUUAAGCCAAAAAUAGCAAAUCACAAGAGGAAAUAUACACCUGGUGAUAUAGUAGACGAUGUAAAAAAUGAGUAUGACGUUAAUGUUUCUUAUAUGACGGCCUGGAGGGCUAGAGAAAAGGCAAUGAAUGAAUUAAGAGGGGAACCAACAGAAUCAUACAAGAAGUUACCGGGAUAUGUCUACAUAUUGGAUAAAACAUACCCUGGAUCACAUGUGAGAAUGCACAAAUCACAACAAAACGAGUUCUUGUAUUUGUUUAUAGCACUUAAAGCGUUCAUAAAAGGCUUCGAAUGUUGUAGACCAAUAGUUGUAGUAGAUGGUAACAUUCUACCAUUGGCAUAUGGUGUGAUAGAUUCAGAGAACGAUAAGUCUUGGACCUGGUUCUUUGAGCAGUUCAAACAAGCUUAUGGGAAUAGGGAUAACAUGUGUGUUGUAUCAGAUAGACAUGAGAGCAUCAUUAAGGCGGUGAGUAGAGUGUAUCCAACUGUGCCACAUUUGGCGUGCAUAUGGCAUUUAUGA